GAUUGGAUGUUUCACGAGCGAAAUACAUCAAGCGCCAUUUGUUUGGACGCUUAAUUUUCGGUCAGUUGCAUUCGGAAAGUGCGGCGAGUGGUUGUGAGAUUGGAGGGAAAAGUGACGCGCGAUUUAUUCGCGAAAAGCACGCGGAUGUGAUUAUGCAAAAGAAUAAAUCGCAAUACGGAAAACGGUAGGACCACGAUGCGUGAAAAAUUGUGUACGCUGAAUUAUCAUCGUAAGUCGAACAAUCGCCUGUCGUGUACGUAAGACUCGCGUUAUUUACGGUCGCGGAACUUCAGAGAUCGAUUGUUAAUUUACGAGAGGAACGAAAACGAAAGGCAGUACGAUGUCUUUGAGUGCGAGUGCAGAAAAUUUAUCAUCGGAAGGGCAAAAUAGUGAAAGGUGGAACAUGUGCCUUGAAUUGGCGCUCGAGGGUGAGCGUCUGUGUAAGACUGGAGAUUGCAAAUCUGGGGUAGCAUUUUUUCAAGCUGCAAUUCAAGCUGGCACAGAUGACUUACGGAUCUUAAGUGCAAUUUACAGCCAAUUAGGAAAUGCUUAUUUUUAUCUUGGAGAUUAUGUGAAAGCAAUGCAGUAUCACAAAUUGGAUUUGACACUUGCACGUAAAAUGCGGGACAAGUUGGGAGAAGCUAAAUCUAGUGGAAAUUUGGGAAAUACAUUGAAAGUUAUGGGAAAAUUUGAUGAGGCUAUGAUUUGUUGCAAAAGACACCUGGAAAUUUCAAGAGAAAUUGGAGACAAGCUCAGUGAAGGGAGAGCUUUGUACAAUUUAGGGAAUGUUUAUCAUGCUAAAGGUAAACAAGCUGGUAGAGUAGGUCAUCAAGAUCCUGGAGAAUUUUCAGAGGAUGUCAGACAGUGCUUACAACAAGCUGUACACUAUUACGAAGAAAAUUUAGAAUUGAUGAAGGAAUUGGAAGAUUCUGCUGCUCAAGGUAGAGCUUGUGGAAAUUUAGGAAAUACAUUUUACUUGCUUGGUGAUUUUCAACAAGCAAUUUAUUAUCAUAAUGAAAGAUUGAAAAUUGCCAGGGAAUUUGGUGAUAAAGCUGCUGAAAGAAGAGCAAACAGUAACUUAGGAAAUUCACAUAUAUUCCUUGGUGAAUUUGAGAAAGCUGCACAACAUUACAAGAGAACUCUAGUCCUUGCACAAGAGUUGGGAGAUAGAGAAGUAGAAGCACAAGCAUGUUAUUCCCUAGGAAAUACAUAUACUCUACUCAGAGACUAUCCAACUGCGAUAGAAUAUCAUUUGUGGCACCUUGAAAUAGCACAACAGCUUAAGGAUCGAGUAGGUGAAGGCCGUGCUUGCUGGUCUCUGGGAAAUGCAUAUGCUGCAAUGGGUAAUCAUGAAAAAGCACUACAUUAUGCAAAUCUACACUUGAACAUUUCAAAAGAGUUAGAAGAUCCUAUGGGACAAGCCACUGCACAAAUGAAUGUUGAUGAUUUGCAAAAAAUUCUGGGUUUGGAAAAGGGACAGCAAGAGAAUAAUAAAGAAAAUAUUGCACAAAAAUUGUCGACUAAUACAGGCUCAAAUGUUAAUAUAUCUUCACCGUGUAGAUAUAGACUUAGACGACAAAGCAUGGAUAAUUUGGAUCUCAUUAAACUUACACCGGAUGCAAAGUUAAAGGAGCAAGCUGAAUCUCAAACAGAUAAAAGUAAUAACACGACACCACAACUUACUCAAAAGGAAGAAGAUAGUUUCUUUGAUCUCCUGUCGCGUUUUCAAUCUGGUAGAAUGGACGACCAACGUUGUGCGUUAAAUAUAAAUUGUAAUCAGAAGUUUAGAACAUUAACGCCCGAAGUGUGCGAGUCGGACGACAAAGAUGGAGAAGACUUGUUGGAACUGAUUGCUGGAAUGCAAAGUAAAAGAAUGGACGAGCAACGAGUGACGCUGCCUUACUUACCCGGCCUAAACAGUAAUCAAGACUCCGAUGAUUCCUUUAUCGAAAUGCUAGUUAGGUGCCAGGGUUCGCGUUUAGAAGAUCAGCGAAGUCCUUUACCAGCGGCAUCAACUGUGCACGAUGCAGAAGAGGAACAUAGCCAAAGAUCUAAUGGGGCUACUCAAGCAGGAUCAACAGUUCCUGAGGAGGAUCUUUUUGCUUUAAUACAAAGACUUCAAGCGGGUCGAAUGGAAGAUCAAAGAGCUUCUGGUCCUGGGAAAACCUGUUAAAGCAUUAAUUGUGGGAAGUUUUAUGCUAAUGAACCUGCUUGAAAUUCUGUAGCUCGUUCCACGCGAUUCCCCAUUAUCUUCUUUUAUGAUUUAUAAAACAUUCAGUGCUUAAUUUGUGCAUUCCGCUUACAGCCUAUGAAAUCACAACUAUGAUUCAGACUUUAGGAAACUGCAAGGUACUAUUAUACCGUCCACUGACAUUGGUUCCCCACUUUAUAUUUAGAACACCGUGACAGUUCUGCAUUGUUGCGGUCAUAUCAUGCUAAUUUUAUUAAGCUUAUGAAAAAGCCUAACCCACUUUUCUACCUACUUGAGUAUCCGUAAUAUGGUGCCAAAUUCUGUAGAUACGAGCCUAUGUUAUUCAUGCAACUAAUCAGAUAAUGUUGCAUGACGUUAAAUAGAGAAUAAUUUUGUAUUAAUAUUCCCGAAGUACAAAAUUAUUUGUUUUAUAGUGGUAAUUAGUGAAGGAUUAAAUGAUUCACGAUACAAAAAAUUGAUAAUGUUAUAAACACUGCCAGGUUGGGAGUUCGAGUCAUACAAACAUUUCUUCAAGGAAUUUAAAAUGUUACAUCAUGAGCACGGAACAGUAAAAAGAUUUAUCAAUCCUGGCAUUAUUUUUUGCAUAUGGUACUGUAUGAUUUAGUGACCGAUUAUUUUUGUGAAUCGCGAAAUAGUACGUGAUGAAAUUGGUGCCAAAUGAAAUCGAUCUGUUGGAAUCUAAAUAUAGAGUAUUAAAAAUGGCGGAGAAAUUGUUGGUCCUUGAUGUUCGUCUAUUUUUCCGUAUUAACUGUUUUCUCUGUUACACGUUGAUAAGUGUACGUGAAUUGAUCCACGUAAUACGUACAAUUACAAUAAUUUAUGAUCAACGUUACCACUUCUAUCGAUUACCGUGUUGUAAUCAACUUCCGUCGUUCAUGUAUUUUGCACAUUCCAAAUAGAUGGAGUGUUGAUAGUAUAUUUGUGGAUAGACUGGAUCGACCAUAAUCGCGAUAUCAUCUUUAAUUCCAAUAGUACCUAACUAAAACUCCUAUAAUAAUAUCGAUAUUCCAAAGCUCUAAAACUUUCAGACAAACUUAAUUAUACAUAAGAGAAUUCGAUUUAUAGGGAU